UCCAGCAUGCUGGGCUCAGGCAGCAGCAGUGGCUUCUUGGUGGUGUCUUGGCCAUGACACACAUUUGACAUGCCCUCCCUUAAUUCACUCACAGACUCUCGCUCUGCGGCAUGGACCAAAGAGAAAUUCUGCAGCAGUUACUGAGUAAGGCCCAGAAAAAGAAAAUUCACAAGGAGGAGUUUGCCAAUGAAUUUCUGAAGCUGAAAAGGCAAUCUACCAAGUAUAAGGCAGAUAAAACCUACCCUACAACUGUGGCCCAGAAGCCCAAGAAUAUCAAGAAAAACAGAUACAAGGAUAUUUUGCCCUAUGACCAUAGCCUGGUAGAGCUGAACCUGAUAACUUCUGAUGAGGAUUCCAGCUAUAUCAAUGCCAGCUUUAUUAAGGGUGUCUAUGGGCCCAGGGCUUAUAUUGCUACCCAGGGUCCUUUAUCUACAACUGUCCUGGACUUCUGGAGGAUGAUUUGGGAAUAUCGUGUCUUGGUCAUUGUCAUGGCAUGUAUGGAGUUUGAAAUGGGAAAGAAAAAGUGUGAGCGCUAUUGGGCUGAGCCAGGGGAGACACAGCUGCAAUUUGGCCCUUUUUCUAUAUCCUGCGAAGCUGAGAAAAAGAAAUCCGAUUAUAUAAUCAGAACUCUGAAAGCCAAAUUCAAUAAUAAAACUAGAAUUAUUUACCAGUUUCAUUAUAAGAAUUGGCCAGACCAUGAUGUGCCUUCAUCUAUAGACCCCAUCCUUGAGCUCAUCUGGGAUAUACGUUGUUACCAAGAAGAUGACUGUGUGCCCAUAUGUGUUCAUUGCAGUGCCGGCUGCGGAAGGACGGGUGUCAUCUGUGCUAUUGAUUAUACACGGAUGUUGCUGAAAGAUGGGAUAGUUCCGGAGAACUUCAGUGUUUUUAGUUUGAUCCAGGAAAUGCGAACACAGAGGCCUUCACUAGUUCAAACACAGGAACAAUACGAACUGGUCUAUAGUGCUGUGUUAGAACUAUUUAAGAGGCAUAUGGAUAUUAUUGGAGAUGAACACUCUGGAAGAGAGAUUGAAGCAGAACAAAAUCUCACUGUACAAGCUGGCUCUUAUCCUCCGGACUUACCAAAAAACGCCAUGAAAGAUGUAAGAACGACAGAGCAACCGAGCAAACAAAGGGUGGAAGUGGACAUCGCAGAAGCGUCUUCCUUUGAUAGGACUUCUGAAAUAAGUGCCAAGGAAGAGUUCGCUUUGCAUUCGGCUAAAUCAAGCCCUUCUUUUGAGUUUUUAGAGCUAAACUGUGGGUGUAACAGCAAGGCUGUCAUAACCAGGGAAGGGCAGGCAAAGGCCUCUCCAGUCGUGGGAGAGCCCCUUCAGAAAUAUCAGAGUCUGGAUUUCGGUUCCAUUUUGCACGGGUCGUGUCCUGGUGCUCCGCCUAGCAACACAGCAGGCAGGUGCAGCAGUUCAAAGGGGCUGGUGAUGCGGACCAAAUCAACUCCCUUUGAAUGGAUUCAGCAGAGAAAAACAAGCGAGCUGGACAUAGAAGAAGGUUCUUCACUCUUGGAAUCUCAUCUGCAUGAGCCUUGUCUCAUGGAGCUGCAGGCGCAAAGAGUGGUCCAUGUUUCUUCAGAGGAACUGAAUUAUUCACUGCCACGUGCCUCUGAGCACCCAACAUGCGAUACCCCGUGUGUACUGCAGCACAGCCCCAACACUUUUAGAGUGCAUUCUUGCACGUCUUUAGUAGAAGAUCCCUAUUUUCCAUCGUCACCCCCAAGUAGUGCUGAUUCUAAGAUGUCUUUUGAUCUGCCCGAGAAGCAGGAUAGGGCCACUUGUCCUUGUGGCCCGUUGCCAGCCUCUUCUACAACCUCCCUUUCCCAUUGCAACUCCCACGGUUCUUUAAUGGCAAGCCCUGUGACCACUUUUCCCCUGCUCUUAAACCAAGGGACAGCUAUAGAAGUGACCUCUCCCAAGAUAGAUGACGAAAAUCCCCCUCCGCUCCCUGAGCGGACACCCGAGUCUUUUAUUGUGGCUGAGGAAGCUGAUCUACAUCAGGAUGGUUCCCCUCCACCUCCACUCCCAGAAAGAACUCCGGAGUCCUUCCUUCUUGCUGAUGAAGACUGUUUACAGGCCCAACCCAUAGAAUCUUACUCUACUAGCUAUCCUGAAACCAUGGAAAACUCAACAUCUUCUAAUCAAACACUGAGGACUACUGGAAAAAGUUUCACAAGGAGUAAAAGUUUAAAGAUUUUCCGAAAUAUGAAAAAAAGUGUCUGCAGUUCUUCCUCACCAAGCAAGCCUGUAGAAUGUGUUCAGCCAAAAAAUUCCAGCUCCUUUCUGAAUUUUGGUUUUGGAAAUCGUUUUUCAAAACCCAAAGGACCAAGGAACCCACCAUCAACUUGGAAUUUAUAAGAACACUGGCUGCAGAUGUACCUGUAAAUAAAACUACCAGAAUACUGCUAUAAUAAUAAUAAUAAUAAUAAUAAUAAUAUCAAUAAUGAGGAUAUAUUGUGUCAAUAGCUUUCGAAAGGAAAGCUAUCUGAGAAAAACUUCAACAACCUUGUAUUUUCAUAUUCUUU